AUGUCUGAUAAUAUCGAAGUCAACCCAUCAGAUGUUGUGUUCUUGCAAACACUAGGGGAGUCAAAAUACUCCGUGAUUUUUAAGGUGGCUAUCCGCGAUGAGGUAAAGGUGAUGAAAGUGUAUCAUGAUAGACGCCCAUCUGAACACGAUUCCCCGGGCUGCGAAGUGAAUCCCUUUGUUUGUGAAUCUUCGGCGUAUCGACGGCUAAAGGAAAAGGGUUUAUGCAAAAGGGGCGUCGUUCCUGACUUUUAUGGGACAAUUGUGAAAAUACAACCAAAUCUUUGGCCAAGCCUUCACAUGUUUUCUGCCGAUGUACUGCUUCCGAAUGCCAUUCUGUUGGAAUAUAUUCCGAAUAUGCGUCAAAUGGAUUUAUCUAUAUUUUCAGAGCAUCGUCUGAACGAGCUCAACCGCAUUCUUCAUGAUAUUCACCGAGCGGGGUUCUUCAUGGUGAUCCCGAUCCCAGGAAUAUGA